AUGCUUUCGAGAUACUUGGCUUCCGCCUUGCUGGCCGCUCACGCCGCCCUGGCUGGUGUCAUUGACAAGCGAAAAGGCUCUCUCAAUUGGGGCUCUGACAAGCUUCGCGGCGUCAACAUUGGUGGUUGGCUAGUCCUGGAACCAUGGAUCACGCCCUCGAUUUUCGAGCAGUUCGAUGCGUCCCAGGGCAUCGUCGAUGAGUUCACACUAAGUGAGAAGCUCGGGGCGGACAAGGCCCUGGAGAUCCUAAAGCCGCACUGGGACAGCUGGGUCGGCUACGACGACUUCAAGCGCAUUGCCGACGCCGGCAUGAACGUCGUCAGGAUCCCCAUUGGCUUCUGGGCAUACGACACUCUCGGUUCCUCUUACGCCAAGGGGGCCGCCCCCUACAUCGACGCCGCCCUUGACUGGGCCCGGGGCACGGGUCUCAUGGUCAUAAUCGACCUGCACGGCGCGCCAGGCUCGCAGAAUGGUUACGACAACUCCGGGCAGCGAAUGGACUAUCCUCAAUGGACCCAGGGCGAUACUGUGGACCAGACGCUCUCGGUGCUCAACACCAUCGCAGAGAAGUACGGGCAGGCAGAGUACGACGACGUGGUGGCGGGCAUCCAGCUGCUGAACGAGCCGGCAGGCUACACGCUGGACCUCAACACCAUCAAGCAAUUCACCCGCGACGGCUACGGCAAGGUCCGUGCCGUGGGCGAGACGACGGUUGUCGUUCAUGAUGCCUUCCAAAGCCCGGCUUCGUACAAUGGCUUCAUGACGGCAUCGGAUAAUGACGUGCGCAAUGUCGCGCUCGACCACCACGAGUACCAGGUCUUCGACAACGGUAUGCUCGCGUGGAGUGCCCAGGAGCAUCGGCAGGGCGUGUGCAACAACAAGGCUCGCUGGGAAGGCGCGGACAAAUGGACGUUUGUAGGCGAGUGGACGGGCGCCAUGACCGACUGCGCCAAGUGGCUGAACGGCUAUGGCAUCGGCGCCCGCUACGAUGGCUCGUACGAGGGUGCUAGCUACAUCGGUGACUGCGGCUUCGCCAGUGACAUCAGUUCGUGGGACCAGCAGCGCAAGGAUGACACACGCUGGUACAUCGAGACACAGAUGUCGGCCUUCGAAAAGGUCGACGGCUGGGUCUUCUGGAACUUCAAGACCGAGGCAGCGCCCGAGUGGGACUUGUUGCGUCUGCUUGACGCCGGCGUGUUCCCGAAUCCGGUCACGGAUAGGAAGUUCUCCGGCAUCUGCUGA